AUGAACCCAGGGCUCGUUGCAGGUGCAACCUUGCUUGCCCUCUUGGCCAUCAUCUUCUCCUUCUUCAACCCUCAAGCCCUGUUUUCCCCGCCUCAUGUUCCAGGAUCUAAGGAUCACCUCCAGUCUUCACGGAUACUCCAUGUCACCGGCGCCCUCGGCCCUGAGAGUCUGGUUUUUGAUUCUCACGGAGGAGGGCCCUACACCGGCGUCGCCGACGGCCGGAUUUUGAAGUGGGAAGGGGAGGACUCAGAGUGGACUGAAUUUGCUGUCACCAGUUCCAAUAGGUCGGGUUGUAUACGUCCAUUUGCACCAGAGUUGGAGCAUGUUUGUGGGAGGCCUUUAGGACUAAAAUUUGAUAAGAAAAAUGGAGAUCUCUACAUUGCUGAUGCCUACCUAGGCCUAAAAGUAGUGGGAUCAACAGGGGGUUUGGCCACCGAAGUGGUGACAGAAGUUGAAGGCCAACCCUUGCACUUCACUAAUGACAUGGACAUCAGUGAAGAUGAAGAUGUGAUUUACUUCACUGAUUCAAGCACAAUCUUCCAGAGAAGGCAAUUUAUGCUUGUACUUCUUAGUGGAGACAGGACCGGAAGGUUAAUGAAAUAUGACAAGUCAACAAAAGAAGUGAAGGUCUUAUUACGUGACCUUGCUUUUCCUAAUGGUGUUGCUUUAAGCAAAGAUGAAUCGUUUCUUCUGGUAGCAGAAACCACUACUUGCAAGAUCUUGCAACUUUGGCUUCGUGGACCUAAGGCUGGUCAAGUGGAUACUUUUGCCGAAUUACCCGGUUUUCCAGACAAUGUUAGAAGAAAUUCCGAAGGGCAUUUCUGGGUAGCUCUGCAUGCAAAGGGAAGUCCUUUCGCGAAGUGGAUUUCUUCCAAUCCCUGGGCGGGAAAGGCAUUGCUAAAGAUUGGAUUUAACUUCAAACAGCUGCACUCAUCAUUUGCAGGGUGGAAGCCUCAUGCUGUUGCUGUAAAGCUAAGUGACAGAGGAGAGAUUCUAGAAGUCUUGGAAGACUGUGAAGGGAAGGCCUUAAAGUUCAUCAGCGAAGUGGAAGAGAAAGAUGGGAAGCUUUGGAUUGCAUCUGUGCUGAUGCCUUUCAUUGGCAUUUAUGGUUUGUGA